AUGAGUGACUCGAACUACCCACAAACUCAUUUGGCGUCUACAGCCGAGGAUUCGCAAAACGACCUGCGAAAAUCCGGCCUCUCCUCGCCCAAAAUUGACCUGUUGACCACAGGAAACCACUCAGAUCACCACAACAAUGACAAAACUCAUGCGCAGAACAGAGAUGCCUCCGAAGAAAGCGCGUCUCAUGAUGCCACAGCCCAGGAAAAUCCCUCUUUAGACCAUAACUAUGGCGACAAGCCUUCAGUGGACCCUCAUCUGUCACUACUGGGUAAUCAUAUGGAAGACGCAAAUAUCGAUAAGAUGACGUUCACCGAGGAUGGUCUCGAUCAGGAAAUUCAGCGUGCCAUUGCAGAACACGACUUGCAGCAGCAGCAGCUUCAACAAGGGAGCUCCUCGGCUUCGGGUCAAAUGUUACAAAACCAAAAGAACCAUAUCGACAACAUAUCCAGCCUGCAUUAUGACCACCUGCAAACGUCACAAAUGGAUCAGGACGAUGAGAAACAACAUUUGCAGAUGAUUGCGGAUGAACUCAAGCGUGCUACAUCCUCAGAUAAACUGGCUUCGUCCAAUAAUCACUUCGAACACUCUCAUGGAGAUUAUGGCACCUUGUCGCACUCUUCAUUUGACCACCAGCAUCCAUCCUACGAAUCGGGCCCUGUUGUUGCGGCCGCUUCUGCUCAUGCUGUUGCCGCUGCCGCUGCCUCGCAACCUUCUGACAAUUCCACCGUCACACAACAGAAUCGUGCUGCGCAUAUCCCCGCUGACUCCGAACUUUUAGCUACAAAUACUGCACUUGCCGCAUACAAUGCACUUUCGAGUCAUGUCCCACCAGUAGCUCUGUUGGCAAGUGUUCAUCUUGCAGCCCUUCCGCUUCCCAUUGUUGCACCGGAUUACUUGCCAGCUCGUAUUCAAUUACUAAUAGGUACACUUCCAGUCUUGGACAAUUUGGCCACCCAAUUGCUUCGAUACUUUGCCGUGGGGCCUUAUCAAAAAAUCAUAGACUUGGCCUCUAGUCCUGAUACGGCUCAAGGUGCCGCCUUUAGAGAUUUGGCCUCUCUUUUUGAAGUCACGAAGAGACUCUAUUCCGAGGAAGAUCCAUUUAUUACAGUGGAGCAUUUAGCGCCUGGUAUGUGGAAAGAGGGUGAUAAAACUUUAAGCGUGUUCCGCAACCGUGAACAAUCCAUUGAGUCCACUUUGAGAAAAGUCAAUUUGGCCACAUUUCUAGCAGCAACGCUCGGUCUUCUAGAAGCGGGCUUCUUUCAUUUGAAUGAGGCGUUUUUAUCGGUGUUUUGCCCCUUGAAUAAUCUUGACCCUGCAAAUUCCAUGUCCAACAUGUCUCCAAGCAAUAUGAGUCUUCAAAGCAACGUCAAUGCUGUAAUCGGUGACAAAGUGGGCAAAAUUUUCAAGCCACAAGCCACGUUGUACUUGGAUCUCAAAACUCAAGCAUUCAUCUCAGGCUUGGUUGCUGGUGAAAGAUCCAGAGAAGCCAUAUUGGAAGAUGUUUUCCCAUCCAAUCUUGAAGAAGUUCUUCUUGAGAGAAGAGGUGUGAAAACUCUCUCACCAACAGAAAUAGACUUCGUCAACAGAUGUAAAUCGCGAAAAGACACUCUCCUCAAAAGCGAAUCUGAAAAUUUCGGAGAACAGUUUGAAUGGUUCGCCUUUCUCAAAGAUCUUUUUGAUUUGGUCUGCAAAGACAUGAGCAUCUUGAUUUGGGGCAAAAAGACUAGAUCCAGUGCUUCUCGUGUGGACAGAUCAAUUGCAUCGAGCCGAAUUUCUAGUCAAAUCGAUUCUUCCCUCACGCCUCAUAGCGAUGAAGCUCUACAAAAUCUCUCUGGAAACCUGCUUCUACAAGAGUCGGUUGGAAAUUCAGCACCUUCAAUUGGCAGUCCGCCGGUGCAUGGUCCAGACUCCAACGAUCUUUCUAAUAACCAGGAGAUCAAGGACAUUACAGCCGGGCUACUUCCUAGUGAGAUUCAAGAACAGCAGAUUCACCUUCGCAUUAAUCCUGGCAUAUCGGGCAGAGUUCCUAACCGUCGUCCAUGGACAAGAGAAGAAGAAAAGGCACUACGCUACGCUUUGGAACUUAAGGGACCUCAUUGGUCUACCAUUUUGGAACUUUUCGGUCAAGGCGGACAGAUCAACGAAUCACUUAAAAACAGAACACAGGUGCAAUUGAAGGACAAAGCCCGUAAUUGGAAGAUGUUUUUUUUGAAGUCAAGGCUUCCGGUGCCGGAGUAUCUUAAGAAAGUCACUGGUGACUUGGAUAGAGAUGACAAACUGAGAGCCAAGACGGCUCGGACAAAAAAGACUGCCGCUGCUCCUGUUCCAACAAUGCAAAAGAGGGACAGUCCAAUUGAAGAUGGAUUUGAAGCACAAGACACGUCAAAACGUCACAAGGCAUAG